GCCACUCUCAACCCUUCCUCUCUCCGCGUCUUGUCUUCUCCCUUCAACAUAACCACAGUGUAGUUGUGCUCACUAUAAGACUGCGUAGGCACCCUACGUGGCGCUGAAUACCCUCUCGACUCCCUACAUACCCCUCGACUCGAGCACAGCCUAAAUCAGAAUCAUGCCGCUCCCUGCGAACAGUACGAUUUCGCUGCAAGGCCAUUCGCGGCCGGGAGAAGGCGUCACUACCAUGCCAAAGUUCGCGAUGCUUGUCCGCAUGACGGAGGCUACUCUUGAUGCACUCCAGAACCUUACCGCGUCAGACAAGAUGGACUUUGAGCUCGGCGACAAGCCGGGUAUCUUGAUUCGCGAUCAAUUCUUUCCUAUGAGAUAUGACAGGGAGAAGGACAAUCAAGAGCUCUUCAUACGAACUACGAUGGCGGCGCGUCCCAACGCCCCGCUCAAGCUGAACGCAAAUGUCGUUGGCAAGUUCACUGUCGAAAAGGUACUCAAUAAUAAGAUCGCUCAGCGCGUGCGUGAGGCUACUGUGACUGCGAAACAGCAGAAGAAUGUGAGCAAGGCUAAACGAUUGGAGGAGUCAUCCGCGAUGACGAAUGUUGCUCAGAAGAAAGAUCCAUCAAAGAAGCCUGCUCCUCAAUCUACACCGACAAUUGUCAAGAGUUAUGCUUCCACCGCGCCGAAUGCGACUACGUCUACGUCCGGUCCUUCGUCCGCGGCGCUCCCGAAAGAGAUGGCGACGACCUAUCGCCAAAGACUCGUUCACUACCUUGCUCUCGGAGCUGCCACAAGGCAAGAUGUUCUUAAAGAGUUCGGCGGUCAAGAAGUGGACCAUGAUAUUCGUACCGGAAUUAUGGAUAUACUCAUUGCAGUUGCUCAGCAAGAACAAAAGCAUAAGGGUGCAUCGGCGUCACAAGACACUAAAUGGGAACUCAAACCUCAAUCGUGGCUUGAGGUCCGUCCAUACCAGUUUUCUGGCUACACAGAAAACGUGCGCACGAAAGUUGCACGUCAUGCAAAGAAUUGGCUUUUUGCUCUGAAAAUUCCAGACACAGAUCCUGUCUGGGAGUAUAUGAAAUUCCGUGCCCACGGACACGGUGGUGCAUCUGAUGCUGCAAGCUCUACACCGCGUGCCACCAAUGGGAUAACAAGUGCUACGGCAAAAGCAAAGGCGAAGGGUAAGGAACCAAAGACGAAAGAUCCAGGAAUGAAAAGCAAGUCAGAAGUUGGUGCACGAAAGGCGCCUGUUCAGGUGCCCUUGCCUACCAAGUCCAAUAUAGCGCCGGAUCGCGCUCCCACGCCUUUGCAUAGCGCUAAGGGCAAAGAACGAGAAGUGGAUACCGAGAAGGAGGAGGGUGAAUUGUCUGCUUCUCAGACUCCUCCCAGAAUACCUGCCGUUCCUGUGGAUAGGCGCCAGCCCGGAUCACGCCCGAAUGGUGCUUCGACGCCCUCAAUGAAGCCACCCCCUAUUCCUGCAUCCUCGCAACCGUCGCUGCCGUUGAAACGGACAGGGCCUGUAGACGCGCGUGGGCCCAAACGAGCACCACCUGAGCCGAGCGAACGAGCGCGGGCCGCCCCUCCGAUCCCUCCUCCCGUUCCUGCAGAACGCAAUGCAUCUACGGCGGUAAAGAAAGAAGUUAACCAGCCGAAGGUACGGCCUUCUCAUCCGGCGGAUGAAAUACCAAUCCCCGCUUCGCGAAGCUCAAUCCAACCUGAGAAAGAGCGCAAGAUAGCGAAACGGGAGAGGGAAUGGGAGAAGGAGUCGGACAGGGAGAGUCUUAGGAUACCUCGUAGGGAGAAAGAACGCGAGUCGGACAGGGAGAGUCUCCGGGUCCCUCGAAGAGAGAAAGAACGCGAGUCAGAUAGAGAGAGUCUACGGGUUGUUCGAAAAGAGAAGGAGCGUGAAUCGGAUAGGGAGAGUAUUAGAAUGCGCGAUAGAUCGCGAGCCCCUUCAGAUAGGGAAGUAGUAACAAAACGACGAGACAGGGAGUACGAAGUGGUGAAGGAGAAGAAGCUGAAGGAGAGGGAGCAGGUCUCGCGACCGGUAGCGAAAUCUAGCGCAAAACGGAAGACACCUGAUUCAUCUGAUGAAGAGUCAUCUGACUGGGGGUACGAAGAUAGAUCGAACAUCCGCAAGUCGAGUCUAAAGGCAACCAAACGUGAUUGGGAGGGAGCACCUGCUAAAACUUCAGCAUCAUCGUCGAAACCUGUCAAGCGUGAAUCUCCUCCACCGAAACAACGUAUCAAGCGGGAGACCUCCCCGCCUCCUCCGGCCAAGACGAAGGUACCAGCAGACAGAAGGAUCACAGUUGCCUCGUCUUCAGUGGCUAAGCCUUUGAAGAAAGAGCCCAGGGCAGACGAGUUGUCUCGCCCGACAACCAGUAAAUCGCUGAAAAAGCGUCGUGCCUCCUACGACUACACAUCUUCCUCUGAGGACGAAGCACCGGAGCCAAAGAUCCUGAAGUCAAUGACGAAAACUGUAGCUUCAUCGCACCCAGCACCAACUAAGAACGGCGCCACUGCCUCUACCUCAGCUACACCUGAAGUCCGGCCACGCAAACGCAAACCUGCUCCUAAGCUGUCGAGACGCGAUCAACUGCGUUCGCGUUAUAACAGCAAAUACACCGAGUACAUGGCUGCUCUCCAAAAACUCGUCGCACAGAAAAACAAACUCAAGGAAGCUCUGCGAAAUGGUUCUGAGUCGGCUAGUGGUGAUUCGGAUAUGGAUUUCGAUUUACCUCCUUUGGAGGAGAUCCAACGGGUGACGGAACAGCAUAAGCGGUUGCAUGACGAGUUGGAAGAGAUACGGAGGAGUUACAUGGCUUGAUGGGCGUUCAAGGCUCGAAAGUUUGAUUAGAUAUGAUCUUUUUGGAUGCAUAUUCAUUUUUUUGGAGGACAGACGAUUCAAAAACUGGUUUAUUCCACUAGAACUUUGCAUUACACGCAAUUUUCUUCAUGGCUUCCAUUGUUCACUGAUGUAUAUUUACUAUCUAACUAACAUUGUGGUACGGGAUACUCAAC